GAGAAGCUGUCCUAGCUGAGGAGGGUGCAGGGAGUUGUCCUAGAUGGAGGAGCAGGAACUGGCUGGAGCUCAUGUUGCCACUCAGAAGAGAGGAAUUCCCAGCAAAAAAGAACCAGGGUGACUGCAGUGCUGGGGACCAGGAUGAGGGAGACACAGUGUGAAGGAAGAGCUGAACAAUGAGCUGCUGCAGUGCUGAGAAGAAACAAAGAUUAAAUCCCCCUGAACACCUGUUGGCUGCAUCAGCACCUGCACAGCUUCUGCUGGAGGCAUCCAUCACUACUCCAUCGGCACUCUGGAUUCAUGGCCAGUUCAGCAACCUCCAGGAGUCCGAAUCCCUGACUGUCCCCUGUGGUGCCAUAUGCUGUAGGAGUGACAAAACUGAGAGACAGAAGGUCUGAUCCUGGGUGGGGCUGAGAGAAUUCCCCUCGGCUGUCUGCGUGAGCUUGUUCCCUGCCUGAGAGUUGCAGAUAAAGAAUGGCUUACUCCAGCUCAGCACGGGACUUUGUUGGGCUUUCAGAUCUGCAUCCAAACCUUGCUCGUCCUAAUGUAAUCGGUGUGGUUAUUGGGAAAACAGAUGUCAGAGGCUUUCCAGACAGAAAAAACAUUGGGUCCGAGAGAUACACCUUCAGCUUCACCAUUCGUGAUUCACCUGCUUACUUCAUUAACGUCAGCGCCUGGGGCAAAGAAGAAUACAUUAGAUCACUUUCAGAAAGCUUCAGAGUUGGUGACUGUGUCACAAUUGAAAAUCCCUUAGUUCAGUCCAAGGAAACAGAGAGGGAAGAAAAAUUCAAUCCUGUGACUCCUAGCAGCUACAAAUUACUGCUGAGUGAAAAUCACUCCGUGGUCAAAACAUUCUCCUGUUAUGAAAUGGACACAAGGCUGCUUUCGUUGCUGCAUCAGCCUGUCAAGGACCCUCAGGAUUACUAUUCACUGGGUGAUAUCAUUGCAAACGGACAAAGCCUUGAUGGGAGAAUCAUUAAUGUGCUUGCAGCUGUAAUGUCAGUUGGGGAGCCAAAGUAUUUUAUGACUUCAGACAAGAGAAAAGGUCAGAGGUGUGAAGUAAAGCUGUAUGAUGAAACAGAGAUGUCUUUUCCAAUAGUAUGCUGGGAUAAUGAAUCCAUCCAGCUUGCACAGAGUUGGAUCCCACGAGAAACAGUAAUCUUUGCAUCAGAUGUGAGAAUAAAUUUUGACAAAUUUAGGAACUGCAUGACUGCAACUGUGAUAUCAAAAACCAUCAUCACAACUAAUCCAGAAACAGCAGAAGCAAAUGUUCUGUUCAGCUUCAUAAAAGACAGUGCUUUCUCAGGAGCUCUGCAUGACAGAAUGGAUGAGCAGUCAAAAGAUUCCAUUAACUUGGAGACUAUAGUUGAUGUUUACACUGUGGAACAGCUGAAGGAGAAAGCUUUACAGAGUGAUGGGAAACUGGAACCAGUCUAUGGCAUUAUUUAUGGCUACAUUUCCACCCUGGACAUUGAUGAUAAUGCAUCUAAAGUUAUUCGUAACAGAUGCUCAAUUUGCCGCUUCAUCGUGAGCGAAGUGUCCAACACCUGCACUUUCUGCAGCGAUGUCUCUUCAGAUUCCAAGUCAACAUUUACAAGCUUUGACAUCUUCGUGGAUGUGACAGAUCACACAGGCACUCUUUUCUCCUGUUACCUGUCUGACUGCAUCGCUGAGGAAACAUUAGGCUGCACAGUCCAUGAAUUCCUGGCCCUAGCAGAAGACAAGAAGACUGCACUGAAAUGGCAGCUUCUUUUGGAGCGCAGCAAGAUUUAUUUUAAGGUUACUAUGGCACCCAGCUGGAGAACUGGGAUGAAAGUGAAUGUUCUUUCAUGCAAACUGGCAGACCCUAGAGAGGCAAGUCAGAGCUUGCUGGGAAAAGAGACUGGAAACAAGAGAUGGCAUCAUUAGCAACAAAACAGCUAAGGAAGGAGUUCACUUACUGCCUUCUUAGAGGUGGAAGGCUGCUGGUCUGUUUUGCUAACUAUAUUCUGAUGGUAAGGAAAGAAUUGUGCUUUACUGGUGCCUGUGGGGGACCUUCUGUGUUCAUCUUCCAGGUAAUUGUGCUUUAAAAAGUGUUGUGGUACCACAGCUUAAGAUGAACUGAAUUCAGCCCUUUACACGAGAGGUGGAAGCUUUAUUCACUCAGUUUAGAAUGCAUUCUAAGCAAUCAGAAAUAACUAAUGGUACCACAAGUGUUCAGUUUCUGCGGGUUGUAAUCACUUUUGUUGCUACUUUUGUGUUAAUUAAAAAGCAAACAGUAAUAAAAGCCCAUUUUGAAACACU